CAAAGGUGAGGAGUAGAUUACAAAAGGACUGUUCACUACUUCCUCAUUUGAGAAUAUAUUUGAGAGUAUGUUCUGUGACAAGACAAGUCCAUGAUCAUAUCGAUCUAUCAAUUCAAGAACAUUCAAAUGAUUUAAUUCUUCGAUUCAAGAUGGCAGUAAAGGUUUGUCUACGGUUCUUGCUCAUAUUGGUGUUUCUUACACCUAGCGAAGAAAGAUUUGUAAACGUCACAAUAGAAGGCUUGACCAUCCCUGUUUGCGAGUCCAACUCUCUCUGUAACCCACAGAGUGGAUGCACUUCAGUUAACCCUCCCUCGGAUGUUACAUGCCAUUGUGAUCCGCCUUGUUUCUUCUUCAACGACUGUUGCCCCGAUUUCCUAACAACGUGCACCAAUUCAUCUCCUCUUAGCCAGUUUGCCAAUGCAACCGAGACCAUCGAUUCUGAUCAGCUGUCCUGUAUGAUCCCUCCUCACUCAUAUUCUUCGGGCAACGAUACAGCGUUUCUGAUGAUCGACAAGUGUGCAUCAGACUGGAACAACGCCUUGGUACAGGAAUACUGCGAAGGAUUUGCAACUGAGUCUGACUUCUUCACCCUAGCUCCUGUAUCUUUCGUGUCAUCCAUUAGUUUCAAGAAUCCAUACUGUGCUAAAUGUAACAGGAUAAAUCUCCAUGAUGUCAUUCCUUGGUCUUUCUUUGUGGAAUGUAGCACUCAAGUCCCGGAGAUACCCCCAAAUGCGACCUUUCAAGAGCGUGUUACAAUAUUGAUGAAGAAUUGUACUGAUUGGUUCUUCGCGCUUCCAACAUCUCGUCUACCAGACAUGCCAGAUGUGAGAGUAUGUUCCGUCACAGAGUUUGGUACUUGUCGGAAAACAGAUGACGGAGAAGCCUCAUUUGCUAUCCAACGUGCUUGUCGUUCCUAUCUAGCAACGUUCAUUUCUCUCCAAGAUGGCCGUAUAUACAGAAAUCCUCACUGUUUUCUAUGUGAUAACACGUCUGACCAGUACAAUAUAUCCAUACUUCAUUCAUCAGUGGGGGAAGUAAUACCUUGUACAGAUCAUCAGCAAAAAGUCUACAUCAGGGAGCCAUUGACUACGCAGUUGCAAGAGACUGUUGGCAGCCUUACCGAGAGGCCUUCUACCACGUCUACUUUAAGCAUCACUCUAUGGCCAGGUAUAAACGAACCGGUGUUUUCACUACAGCCCUUACCCCCUAUAUCAGUUUUGAUUGAUUUUACGUCACUCCAUGACACGCCUUCCUUAGAAGAAAUAGUGCCAGUAGCUUGCAACCACACACAGGUCUUUGACCCAUCUCUGCAAAUGUGUAUCGAACUCUCCUGCCCUAAAGGCUACAAACUUUUAGAUAGGUCAUGUGUUGUCGAUUCAACAAAAGGUGACAUGAGAUGUUUGAAUGAGAGUCGAAUACCUUCUACUGCCAUAGUGAGUUGCGAGCAUGAAGUCAUAGGAAAAUCGUUCUGUGGCCCUUCGUGGCCCAUCGCAAAUGAAUCAGUGUCGUGGUUCACCCUACAUAGCAACCAUUCCCAAAAUAUUGUAGUUCGAGAGGUAAGCGCGACGUGGAGGAAUGUGAGCUCUUCUCGUAUUGAAAUCUGCUUACAAGUUGUCACCCUCACUUUUUAUUUGCCCAUGCUGGGAUUUGUGCCGUUCAGACAACCAUCUAAGAUGGUCCAGUGGGUUGUCCCAGGGACUGGGAAUUCGGGAGACCUGACAUGCCGUUUAUCAGAAGUCAAUGUGCAAGUAGGGUGUGUUAGAAGAGGAGAUCAGAUAUGUAGUAACAACUCUAUCCGGUUAAAUGAAUUUCAGAUUAUGGGUGAUUAUUCAAGGACAUUUUUUUGGGUGAGCGAGACUAAUACCUCCUACGCGAUUGAAGAUUCUCUCUUGACUCAAAGAUUUCGAUGGUAUUCUGAUAAUUCCAGCAAUGUAGAUGUAGAGCUUUUCGUUUGUAUGCGUGAGAACGCGUCACAAUGUGCGAUGAUAACGUUAGAGGUCGAUGACUUUGUCAUCUUAAAAAAUGGUUCAGUUUUGUAUAAACCACUCGGUAUGGUUUUUGAUCAAGAUGAUUACAAAUUGGUGAACAAUGACUCCAUUCAAGUCUGUUCCUUCCUAGACAGUACUGGAAACACCACCCGUGAAUAUUACCUAAUAACAUUUUCAAAAGGGCAGUCGAUAACAAGUUUCAUUGGUUGUCUACUGUCGAUUGCUUGUCUUGUGUUUACCCUUGUCACCUACGUCAAGUUUGCAAGCCUUCGAAAAUCUAUUUGUAGUCAGUUAGUAAUGAGUACAUGCGUUUCCUUGACAUUGGCACAGUUAAUGUUGCUCUUCAGUGGCAUGGCGAAAUCGAACCCAAUCUCGUGCACAUGCUUUGCCGUAUUCGGACACUACCUGUGGCUUGUCGUCUUUACACAUUCGAUGGCCCUUGCAUUUGACCUUUAUCGCAGGUUUGGACUAACUCAAAAGGUCAAGAAAACAUCCGAAGGUCAGAGACUACUGGUGGUGUUUCUUGUCUUUGCGUGGGGAUCACCAUUACUCAUAGUCAUACCCUGCGUGAUAGUCCACCUCUGUAAGUUGCCCCAUGUUGCACUGACUUACGGUACAAUCAAAUCCUGCUGGGUUGGUAAUGGCUUCAUGAACCUCUAUGUGUUUGGUGUACCCAUGGCCCUUAGUCUGAUCCUUAAUGGAAUUCUCUUUGCUCUCGUUGUUGUUGGUCUUCGUAAGAGGACAAACCAAACCACGAAGAGAAAGUCAUCGAAGCUGACGACUGAAGGUGUUGUCUAUCUGAAGAUGUCAACACUUCUUGGAUUCACAUGGAUAUUUGGUUUCAUUGCUGCCUUUGCCAACGUUACAGCUCUCUUGUAUAUCUUCAUCAUCCUCAACUCUCUCCAAGGAGUCUACAUCUUUAUCGCUUUCAUCUGUAACAAGCGUGUCUUUAAGAUGUGGCAAGACUCAUGCUCGUGCAACCCUUGUGCCUCAUUCACCUGCCCAUGUCAGUUUUUGCGAUCCCUUUCGGCAGAGCAAUCGUCAUCCAUCAAAACUUCCGAAUCAACACGGACCUUGUCUUCUGUGUUGUCCACGAAGAAGGGAACUCCGGGUACGUCCAUAUCUAUGACAGAAACUUCAUCUAGCUAUUCUGUACGUGAUGUGAAUCCAGACCUGAUUGAGGCAGAUUCCUCGGCCUAUGAAACACCGAUGCCGGUCUUCGAGUCCCCGCCUUCCUCCACUUCGGCACGAAAAGACAUACCGAUUCCAAUGUCCAGUCAACUCAUGGAUGAGCUGACAGCGAAGUUUGGAAGAAAGAUGUAGGUCAAACAGGUUUGGGAAUUGGGAUCCAUAAAAAUAAUGUGGCCGGACAUUUAAGAAAGACUGAGUAAUGUUGUGGUGGGGAUUUUGCGUGCUUCGACGCAAUUUCAUUGUAUCAUUGGGCUACACAUUUAUAAAUUGAGACAACGUACAAGCAGGAUGAAACUCUAAUCGUAAUGGCAAUUAACAUGUAGAGAAAAGAAUGUCAGACGACGCUUUAUUGUUAUUUCAUUACACAGAAUUACGUACCAGACGGCGCUUUUAUUGGUAAAUCGUUACCCAGACCCGAAUGACAGACGGUGCUUUAUAUCAUUACACAAACACGAAUGUCGGACGACGCUUUAUUGUUAUUUCAUUACACAGAAUUACGUGCCAGACGGCGCUCUUAUCGGUAUAUAGUUAUAUACUCAGACCCGAAUGACAGCAUCAUUACACAGACACGAAUGUCAGACGACCCUCUAUUGCUAUAUAACUAUAAUAUAUAUAGCUAUACUAGGUUUACACCAAAACCGAUUUCUUCCGAAUAAAUUCUGGCCAAUUUUGCCCGAAUGUGGCCUGGUUCGGAUGGUUUCGGUCGAUUCGGUUCUCAACAUAUCUGAUUCAGGAAGCUCCCCGAAUAGAGGCAAAUUGGUCCAAAGGAAGUCCCGAUUCAGCGCUGAAACGCCAAGAAUUUACACGAAUCAAUUUUGGCCAUCUAAAAUAAAGCCGAAUGCCACCCGAAUAAUGGCAAGAAUUGAACUAAAGGUGCCUAGAAUCAAGGCGAAUGUGGCUCAAUUGCUCCGAUUACAGCCGAAUGGCGACCCGAAUCGGAACGAAUAUGGCCAAAUGUGCCAAGCUCGGACCGAAUUUGCCCGGUAUACUCCGAAUACCUCCCCUAAUCCAACCGAAUACCAUCUGAACUUCCCAAAUGUGACCCGAAUGAAAUUUCGUUGUGGAGGGUAUUCGGCCGGUUUUGAACGUAUGAAAACGAGCCGAAUUCCUCCACACCGACAGAAAUGUCAGACGGCGGAUUAGUGCUACAUCAUUGCAUCUGUCAUGUCUAUGGACACGGAUAAUUACACAGACACGAAUGUCAGACUGCGCAUUAUAGCUAUAUCAUUACACAGACACGAAUGACAGACGUGAAAAAGAAAAUAUUCUUAAAGAAACUAUUUGUGUAUAUUUUCAUUUAUAUUAUCAUAAUGUGUUCUACGUAGAGUAAGGGGAG